GUCCAUUAUGUUGUGUAAGCCCAUUAUCUCACAAACGUCUUUUGCCAAAAACACAAUUCUCAACAACUACACAAUCGAAGUCGAACUCUCAGGAUUCAAUCUUGAUACCAAAGAGAAACAGAAAUAAACUAACAUCAUCGCUACUGUCGCCUAUAAUCUUGUGAGCUCUUUAUCGUCUUCAAUGGAAGGAAAGGUUUUCCAAAACUUUAAUGUAGUACAGAGCUGCUACCGACAAAAUAAGCAGUUUAAGACACGAUACCAAAGAGAACCUGACCUGUUCAUGUCUACUUUACUUCCCUGUCCAAGAGAGAAGAUGGCAUUUAACCUCAACUCUUCCAUGCGUGCCCACACUUUGUCUAAAUACCAGUUUGUUCUUUCAAAGCAAAGAACUUUUUACUGCAAUGGUCCGUUCUAGGCUUCUUUAGUAUUUUUUUCCCGGCAUCAAAUUUUUUAUAGCCC